AUUUGCGUCCCCAAUCGACUGGCUUUUAUAAAUUGGAGAAACCCGACACCAAACAUUUAACCGAACAACACCAUAGCCGUUUGGAUCGCGGCUACUGUUUCAAAAUAAAACUGGGAUUAGAUUGUACUGGUCGAUUUGGGUAGCCAUUUUGUCGAUGCUAAACGGUGGCCUCAAUGCGCGGUGUCAAGUAGCAUCCCUCAGUCGCUGUUCAGUUGUUGGAGAAAGCUGCAGCAGCCUUUUAAGUCUCAAAACGGUUAUAGCUCAUAAGCCAUUUCUUCUUGGGAAUUUUACUGAUUCAUAGAUAAGAUCCAGAUUUAAAAUUGGGGUGAGCGUGGACAUUUUGAAAGCACUUGGGAAUAUAUAUUGAUGUGGCUUUUCGUCUAUCAAGGAAGUCGUUGUUAAAGGGGAAUUUCUGGAGUGGCGUGUCGGAGCGUUGGAGAAUUAAUUCUUCCCUGCAGAGAGGAGACCAGCCGGUGUUUGUCGCACAUCUACGGGAGGCAGACGGAGGACUUUCGAGAUUAUCACGGCUCUGCGGAGCUCGGAGACGACAGAGUGACUUCUUAAGAGACAAACUGUCGUACCAUUGGACCUGAUUCACAGUCUCUCGCUCCAUGUUUUCCCGGACAGAGUCACAGGUAGUAAUGAGGUGCUAACAAGUCCAGGUGCGGCAGCCAGCAACGUUACAAAACUCGCCCAUCAGAUAGCGAGCUUUCUUAAUCUGUCCAUGAUUGCAAUAUCAAAUAUACAUGUGGAUAUUUGAAGACCGUGUAACAGCGCUGGACUCGUAUAAGUUAUGUGAACUCCCUUUACUGUGUGUGUUGUAGUGUUAUGAGAAGAUCCAACGCUGUUAUCAUGGCAGGACUCGCUUUCACUUUAGGAUUCGUCCUCGGGUUGGUGAUACAGCUUCCGGUGAUAACUCUUCCUUUGAACGAAGAGCAAUUUGGAGACUCUGGUUUCAAGAUUGGUGUUCGCUCCGAGUCCGAAGGCUCGGCAAGAAAACAGCUUUCGCUGGAUAAUCCACUAAGGCUGGUAAAACCCUCUUCGCAUGGAGUAGUGUAUCCUCAGAACAAUGGAACAAACGCGUACUUACAGGGACAAACCGAUUACAGCGGAUCACAGCAAUCGGACGGUUCCUCUGGCACUUCACCUGCAAAAGAAGACGUCAUUAGGAAUCGUGAAUCAGCGAAAUCCCCAGAUGUUGUGGACGGGGUUUUCUGGUCCAAGACCACAGAGAGAAAAUGCCCGGGCGGAUUUACCGAGGAAGACCAGAAAGGAUGGAAGAAUAAGAUAGACAAGACGAAAGUCGUGAAACUGGAAACUGGGUGUGGUAGGAUGCAAAAUAGAAUGGCGACGUUUAAAGACGCUGCCCAAGCUUGUGUUAGAUACAGACUAAACACCGACCAAAUACAGGGCGAAAUCUUCUCGUUCUACCUCAGCAAACUUUUGGGUAUUGACAAUGUGCCCCCUUCUAGUUUGCAUUUAGUGAACACAAUUGACGACCGAUGGAGGACGGUAACUGGUGAAAUCGCCAACAGCAAGUGGGCAGACGACAAAGUGGUCAUUUUCACUCAGUUUGUGGAGGGACUCAAACCCUCGUAUAUUCCGGUUGAAUUUCGCGGGGAAGACAGAAAAUUACAUCCCAAACAGGACCUUAUGAACUCGAAAGGUCCCGAGGAUCUCUGUGAUUUAGUGCAAUGGUCAGACUUAAUUAUAUUCGACUAUUUAACAGCUAACUUAGACCGUGUGGUUAAUAACAUGUUCAACAAGCAAUGGAAUCCCAAUAUGAUGAACACGCCGGCGCAUAAUCUUGAAAGAACAUCCAAUGGACGGUUGAUAUUUCUGGACAACGAGUCCGGAUUGUUCCACGGGUAUCGUCUGCUGGAUAAAUACGCUUCGUACCACCGGACGUUACUGGACUCUCUAUGUGUGUUCAGGAACUCCACUGCACGUGCCAUAGAGCGCCUCCAUCAUUCCGGAAGUGUAGGAGAAGAACUGAACAAAAUGUUCUCCCAAAACGAAGAGCUUUAUAACCACAUUCCUCGCCUACCCCAGAAAAAUGCAAAAAUUCUACAGCAAAGAAUAGCAGACGUUUAUGAACAAAUUCAAACGUGCAAGAAACAGUAUGUGUAGACGAAAUUGGAUUUCUCUGUGAUGUUUAUUUGGAAGGUUUCAAACCUUCGUUUUUAUAUGUGAAUAUUUAACGCAAUUCAUAGCGGGAGAAUUCUUUAUGAAGAUUAUGGACUUGUUACAGCAUUCUUUCAUUCUGUGUAUCUUGCCAUACAAUCAAGAACGCCUAUUUUUGUGCCUUUCAAAAAGGACACCUAUUUUUUUAAAGUGCUAUCUAAUCAUGAUAUUUUUUUUUGCAAUAUUACCAUAUUUUUAAUGUUCAUGUUUCAUCCCAUAUAAAAAUCACAUCGUAUGCGAUUACCAUUGUUAAACUCUCAUCGUUAUGAUAAAGUACUUGAAAGCCUA